GCCUGCGCACACGGUAGACAGCUGAUAACUCAUCCAUUAUGCUACUUCGCUAAAUAAUUAAAAAAAGCUUCCAGAAAAAACUGACCGGAGCUUCGCUGGAGGACCGGAGGACCGAGACCCGACGUUGUGCGAUGGGAGUUUGUCUCCUCGGGGGAAACAUCGAGCAGAAGAAUCGACGCCACCAACGAGACCUGGACUGAACGCACACUAACGUACCUGUGUGCCCUCACACACACACACCCCCCCUCAGGCCGCAGAGGGAGUUGUUUUCCCCUUCAGGUCAGACACUGCCGUCCCACAGUGCAUUGCAGCGUCACCGCCGUCCACCAUGUCGGACGCCCCUGAGGCUGCGCCCCCCAGCCCCCCCACGGUCACCAACCCUCAGCCCCCCGAGGUCACCAACGCCACCAAGCCCGGCAGGAAGACCAACCAGCUGCAGUACAUGCAGAAUGUGGUGGUGAAGACGCUGUGGAAGCAUCAGUUCGCCUGGCCCUUCUACCUGCCGGUGGAUGCCAUCAAACUCUGCCUGGCUGACUAUCACAAGGUGAUCAAGAACCCGAUGGACAUGGGAACUAUCAAGAAACGUCUGGAGAACAACUACUACUGGAGCGCCAGUGAAGCCAUGCAGGACUUCAACACCAUGUUCACCAACUGCUACAUCUACAACAAGCCCACAGACGACAUCGUCCUCAUGGCUCAGGCUCUGGAGAAGAUCUUCCUGCAGAAAGUGGCUCAAAUGCCUCAAGAAGAAGUGGCUCUGCUGCCCCCAGCCCCUAAAGUGAGUCAGCAGGCGGAGUCCUCGGCCUCCCCUCCCCCCUCAUACCCGUCUCCCUCCCCCUCUUUGACACCUGUCAUCUCAGCCACGCCCACACCUGUCCAGACCACGCCCCCUGUCUCCGCCCCGCAGCCCCCGGCAACCAUGAUGCCGUCUGCACAGCCGGUCGUCAAGAAGAAAGGUGUGAAGAGGAAAGCCGACACCACCACCCCGACCACGUCAGCCAUCUCUGCAGGUCGAGCCGACUCUCCGUCCGCUCAGGACACCAAGCCUCCCAAACUGGGCCUGUCGAGGCGUGAGGCGGCCGCCCGGCCCGCUAAGACCCGGCGGGAGACGGUGGAGGAGGUGGCGGUGGGCGAGGGGGGGGCCGCCGGAGGGGGGGUGGCCGCCAGGAGUAAGGGCGGGAAGCUGGGCGAGCAAAUGAAACACUGCGACGCCAUCCUGAAGGAAAUGCUCUCCAAGAAACACGCCGCCUACGCCUGGCCCUUCUACAAGCCGGUGGACGCAGAGGCGCUGGAGCUGCACGACUACCACGACAUCAUCAAACACCCCAUGGACCUCAGCAGCGCGCGGAAAAAGAUGGAUAAAGGAGAGUACAGUGAUCCUCAAAGUUUUGCAACGGACGUCAGGUUAAUGUUCUCCAACUGUUACAAGUACAACCCUCCGGACCACGAGGUGGUGGCCAUGGCCCGUAAGCUACAGGACGUGUUCGAGAUGCGCUUCGCUAAGAUCCCAGAUGAGGGCCUGGACGCAUCGGUCCCCUCUACGACCCCAUUGGUCAGUAAAAGCACCGCCUCUUCUGACAGCAGCAACAACUCCUCCUCCGACGAAUCGUCCGACUCAGAGGAGGAGCGAGCCACGCGAUUGGCUGAGCUACAGGAGCAGGUUGGUGCUGCCGACCAAUCACAGUUGAAGGCGGUGCAUGAGCAGCUGGCGGUGUUAUCCCAGGCUCCAGUCAGCAAGCCAAAGAAGAAGAAAGAGAAGAAAGACAAGGACAAGAAGAAAGAAAAAGACAAAGGGAACAAGGGCAAGUUGGAAGAAGAGAAGAAGCCCAAGGCUGCCGCUCAGCAGCCAAAACCAGCCAAUCAGAAGAAAGCUCCUGCCAGGAAAGCCAACAGCACGGUGACCGCCACGAGGCAACCGAAGAAAGGCAGUAAGGCAUCAGGCGGUGGGUCCGCUAACGGAGACGACGGAGAGGAGUCCUCCCUGCCGAUGUCGUACGACGAGAAGCGCCAGCUGAGUCUGGAUAUCAACCGGCUGCCGGGGGAGAAGCUGGGCCGCGUCGUCCACAUCAUCCAAUCCAGAGAGCCGUCGCUGAGGGACUCCAACCCCGACGAGAUCGAGAUCGACUUCGAAACCCUCAAACCCUCCACCCUUCGAGAACUGGAGCGCUACGUCAAAUCAUGCCUUCAGAAGAAGCAGAGGAAGCUGCUGCAGAAAGCAGCUGGAGGCGGGGCUUCGGGAGGCGGGGCUAGUCGUUUGAGUGGCAGCUCCUCUUCUUCCUCUGAUGACAGCUCCUCAACAGGAACCUCCUCUUCCUCCGACACAGACUGAACACACACACGUUACUAAACGCACAGAGGUUUAUCCACUCUACACACACACACACACUGAUCCUGAACCAAGACAGAUACACACUCUGAACUUCUCUCACACACACACACACACACACACACACACACAUGCCCAGACUUGGAGACUGUAUGUAAAUAGGCUGACCUGUUUUUUAGCUCCUAGUGUCGUUUAUUUUUUCCUGGAAGAUUGUUGACGGAUAGAAGAAGCAGAAAGCAUCAACGAGGGAGACGGGCAGCCUGUCUGUCUGCCUGUCUGUCUGUCGGGUCAGUGUCGUUGCUUUCAGAGGCUUUCUUCUUGUUCUUGGACGCCGGCUGUGACCCCUGACCUCUGAAAAACAUUCCAGAAGCAUCUAUAGAGCAUCAUGGGAGAGGAGAUCAAGGUUCACUUUGAUAAACGCCUGCGAGAGACGAAGCUGUGGGCGUCAUGUGACACGGGUUUAUCUCUCUUCCUGUCACCUGACUCCUCUCACUUCCUGUCACCUGACUUCUCUCACUUCCUGUCACCUGACUCCUCUGACAUCUGAACUGAAAGGCAACAGAACUCCCUGGAGAUGAUUUAAAGGAUGAAUUAAGAGCGACUCCUGGACUGACGUUCGAUCAGCUGACGGAGUUCACUUGUUCCCACGUUAGCAUCGUCUGUGAAACCCAGGAGAGAACAAUGCCUUCAGAUGGUUUUUCUAGUGUGGCCGACAUUAUAGAAGACGGCGUUUGAACGAGAGAGCCUCGAAUGCAUCGUUUGAAUAAGUGAAGCUAGGAUGGAGGCGUUCGAUGUUCCUCUGAGUGCAUGAACGCAACCACCAUCCGUCGGACCCGGGGCGUUCUCUGUCGGCAGGACUCACUUCCUCUCUAUUUUAAACACUACAUUUCCUUUCUCUCCUCACUUUUUGGUUUCCAGUGAACGUGUCUUAACAGGUUCUGGAAAUGUCUUCUGUACCCCCCCCCCCAUACUGCCCCCCCCGUCAGACUGAACCAAAUGUAAGCAGUCCUGGUCAGACGUCAGUUUCACGUCUUUUAAAGUUUAUUAUUUUAGCUGAUUUAACGACUAGAAGAGAAAAAGGUUUUGACGUUGGUACAAAAUAAAUCCAUCGUGUU